CCAGCUCUCUUUGUUCCCGCAGCGGCGGCGAGGAGUGCGAGCUCAGCUAGCUUGAGCGCCGGCCCUCUGCCGCCUGGCAGAUGGCCCCGCUCUCUCGCUCCCUCCCUCUUUGCCGAGGCGCAGGUGUAAUGAUGUCACCCAGGAGAACGCAGAACCCGGUCGCAGGGGUUCUCUUCUCCCGGCCUUCUGCCCCCUCGGGUUUCUGGACGGUCUGCGUUUUGUUCUCAGGGGAUGGAAGUUCUUCCUUUCAGGGCUGAAGAAUGAGAGAGAUAUCUCCCGGGGCCAAUUCAGCACCUCUACCUGGCCAUCCUAACAAGGUGAUUUGUGAAAGGGUGAGACUUCAGAGCCUGUUCCCUCUCCUCCCAAGUGAUCAGAACACUACCGUUCAAGAGGAUGCUCACUUCAAAGCUUUCUUCCAGAGUGAAGAUAGUCCGAGUCCUAAGAGACAGCGCCUCUCUCAUUCAGUCUUUGAUUAUACAUCAGCAUCACCAGCUCCCUCACCACCAAUGCGACCAUGGGAGAUGACAUCAAAUAGGCAGCCCCCUUCAGUUCGACCAAGCCAACAUCACUUCUCAGGGGAACGAUGCAACACACCUGCACGCAACAGAAGAAGUCCUCCUGUCAGGCGCCAGAGAGGAAGAAGGGAUCGUCUGUCUCGACAUAAUUCCAUUAGUCAGGAUGAAAACUAUCACCAUCUCCCUUAUGCACAGCAGCAAGCAAUAGAGGAACCUCGAGCCUUCCACCCUCCGAAUGUAUCUCCCCGUCUGUUACAUCCUGCUGCUCAUCCACCCCAGCAGAAUGCAGUAAUGGUUGACAUACAUGAUCAGCUCCAUCAAGGAACAGUCCCUGUUUCCUAUACAGUAACAACAGUGGCACCACAUGGGAUUCCACUCUGCACAGGCCAGCACAUUCCUGCUUGCAAUACACAACAGGUCCCAGGAUGCUCUGUGGUUUUCAGUGGACAACACCUCCCUGUCUGUAGUGUGCCUCCUCCAAUGCUUCAGGCAUGUUCAGUUCAGCACUUGCCAGUACCAUAUGCUGCAUUCCCACCUCUCAUUUCUAGUGAUCCAUUUCUUAUACAUCCUCCUCACCUUUCUCCCCAUCAUCCUCCUCAUUUGCCACCACCAGGCCAGUUUGUCCCUUUCCAAACACAGCAAUCACGUUCGCCUCUGCAGAGGAUAGAAAAUGAAGUGGAACUCUUAGGAGAACAUCUUCAAGUAGGAAGUUUUACUUAUCCCCCAUCAGCCCAUCCCCCAACAUUACCUCCAUCAGCUCCUUUGCAGUUCUUGACACAUGAUCCUUUGCAUCAGGAGGUGUCCUUUGGAGUACCUUAUCCUCCAUUUAUGCCUCGGAGGCUCACAGGACGUAGUAGAUAUCGAUCUCAGCAGCCAAUACCACCUCCCCCUUAUCAUCCCAGCUUACUGCCAUAUGUGUUAUCAAUGCUUCCAGUGCCACCUGCAGUGGGCCCAACUUUCAGCUUUGAAUUGGAUGUGGAAGAUGGAGAAGUAGAAAAUUAUGAGGCCCUUUUAAACCUGGCAGAGCGACUGGGAGAGGCUAAACCUCGAGGACUGACUAAAGCAGAUAUUGAACAACUUCCUUCUUAUCGGUUUAAUCCUAACAAUCACCAGUCAGAACAGACUUUGCAAAUCGUACUUGCCCAAUUUGCCGAGCUGAUGCUUCAGAAGUGCAUCGGGAUUCAGAAUGACCAACCUAAGAGCACAAAUUUAGUUUGGGUGUUCCUCAUCACAUGUAUAUACGGACUAUCCAUUGAACUUAAUCUGUGUGGCUUCCAGCCCUCCCUUUACCAAAAGGGUCAAUGGACCUUUCUUUGCACUGUGUGACUUAAUCAACUAUAAAAGCUUACAAUUAGUCUUCACAAUUAUGGGAUUGUUAUACUAACCGUGUGAUUGGAACUCCAAAGAAUUUUUCUUUAGCUUAAUUUUGUGUGUGCACUAACAUUCCCUGGUUUUUUGUGUGAUCAUUCCGAGUGUUGCUGCAAGAUUACAGUGGACGUGAUCUUUUAGCAUGUGCUUUUAUAAAAAGUGGUAGCUCCAGAUGAUAUAGCAAUCUACCUUAUAUAGAGCCUUCAGAAACUGUGAGUGGAAAUGAAUGCAGCGUAUGACUGUUGAUAAAUGUAUCUGUGUGUGUGAGAGUGUGUGCAACUACUUGUGAGAGGGCAUGGUAGCUAACGUGUGUAUGAGAUCCUAUAUACCAGCAUGUACCAAGAAUGUGUGUGUAGUUUUAAUUAUGCUGCAAUGUAUAAUCUGGUGUGUUAUUUAAACAGCACUAGUACUGUACACUGGUUUUUCCCCUUGUGUUUGCUGUUGCACACUGGUUGCUAAGGGUGCAUCAAUUAUAAGCAUUGAAUACUCCAUCCCUUCCUCCUAAUGAAUGGAAUGAGAAAAGCCUUCUUCCUUUGCUUCAGGCAGCUGUCACCUUCUCUUCAUUGGUGGUCCUAAGUGGGUCACUUAAGAAAAAAAGUGUAACAAAUUCUCACUCCAUGAACCUGAGUUUUGAUUCUGUUGUGGAAAAGAAAUUUUUAAAUCUCCAACUUGCUGUUUCCAAAAAGAAGGUGCAAUAUCAUACAUCAUCUGUUAGCAAUAUUAGCAUUUCAAUCAAUGAUUUGAAUGUUGAUAACUUUUUUCUUUUACAUUUUCAGUAAGCUUCUUACAGAAAGUACCUGUGAUGAUUUUUUUAAUUUUUUCUUUGUAUAGGUGUGUGUGUGUGUGUGUGUGUUUAGAUUUAUAGUCCUUUCUGAAGAUAUAUGAGUAAUAUAUUUUUAAGAAUACCACUGGUCCCAUGAAGUCUUGCCUCUUUGACUUCCACCAGAACAAAAUCUGUUAAUUCAGCUUGAUUUCCGAUGUGUUCUUUGUUCAGGCUCCCAUAGGCAACUAAAUUAUUUCAAGAAAACUUUUUCUGUUCAUAUUAAUUCACUUGCCAAGCUCCAAUUCUGAAAGUUGUCUUAGUUCUUCCCUCAGUAAAUGUGCUUCUUUUUGAAGCCCUUGUUUCAGGAUGGAUCAAGUGUUUUGACAGCUUGUGUUCCUUAGACCUGAUUUGCUUUGAUGUCUUGCCGCUCUUUUAAUUUUUGUUUGAUUAAGAAAAAGCUUAAUACAACAGAUGUCCAGAAUACUUGCAGUAUAAAUGAAGAUUUGAUUUUUGUAUAAAAUAAUGCUGUCAAACAGGAAUUGACCCUCAUUGAGUUGAUCUGAAAUAAUACAUAGCUGUAUUUUUUUAAUAGGUUCAUUGAGCGAAAUUCAGAUUGUUUAAAGUCAUUUUUCCAGCAACAUUUAGAUUCCUUUCUCAUUCUUUUAGUGUAUUCAGCAUUGUCUGCCUCCUCCUGCAGUUGAUGUCAUUGCUUUGUUUGCAGUAGCACAUGCUACAUUAUUCUAGUCGGGACUGUGAGAACUUGUUGCCAGCCUCACUCAGCUCUCAGUUGGCUCUGAGUCAGUUUUGUACUCAGACAGUGUUAACUACUUGUUACUGCCAUGCUGCUUGCCCUCCCUUGAAAUCUAUAAGCUCAUCACAGCCUAGAGUUCUGUAAAGUCAAUUCACACAGAAGCACAAUUUUGUCCUCUUCCAGACACUGUUGCCUCUAUCUAAUCAUACAAAUAGGAUUUUGCAUACUUUGCCCCUAGAUUUGUCAGUGCAUCAGAAAUAUACCUAAACAGUGGUAAAAUGCACAUGUUACUGUUAAAUCAUUAGGAUAAUUCCCCUCCUGUUCCUGAAGAGUAAAAAGUAUGUUUAAGACCAAAAUUAUUGGCAUAUAAUAAUCAGCUACAUACAAAUCACGUAUAGUUUUAUCUUUUUUUUUAAUUAAAAAAAAUCAUGUUUAAAAUGGCAAAAACCCAUCUUAUAGACUUCUUUUAUAUAGCUACAAAAAUUUAUAUCUGUACAGAUCUAACAUAACACUACUACACUCAGUAUUCAUUUUACUGAAGCAUGCAAGUUAAAGCACUUUUUCUAAUUUAUAUAGAGAUAUCUAAUUAACAAGGCACAUUGUACUAAUGACUUCAGGAGAAGUAGCUUUUUCUCCCCUUCCUCUGACUAUGAAUUCCUGUUGUAAUGUCCCUUUUCUAGUAAAUUUUUGAGAGGCAGUUGGCAAUUUAGGAGGCAGCAGGGUCUGAGUUUAAUUGUUGCACUGUUGUAGCUGAUCUCUUGGGGAAUGCCUUGUCUUUGCAUGGAGCUCUUAGAGAAGUGUCCAGACUUGCUUACCAAGUGGUUAGUGCAUAUUAGGAGCACACGUGUGUGUGUGUUCUAACCAGCUCAGACUAGCCACAGUGAGCAACUAGACACAGUGAGUGUCUAGCAUAUGAGAAAGAACAGUUGAUUUCUUGCCCAGCUGUUACCACUGGUGAUGUCCAGAUUGCAGGCAGAUGUUGGUUUGUUGCCUUUAUCCUCUUUCCUCCUAAAACAACAUUGGCUUUACCAUCUUAACUCAGCUGUGGGGUUUUUUGUGGGUUUUGGUUUAUUUGUUUUUUUGGUAUGAAUUGUCAUGUUUGGUAUUGUUUUUAAUUCCCACCCCCCAAAAAAAAAACAACUCAAGGCCUCCAUGGAUUAAGAUCUCAUAUUAAGGAUUUUUUGUCCUGGGGAAAAAAAAUUUUUUUUUUAACCAAAAUCUGGAAAAUGUGAAAGUAUAUUUAGAUUUUAUAUACUCUCUGAAAUGUGAUUUAAGAUUCUUAAGUUUGGGCCUCUUGUAAUAAUUUUGAAUGAGAUCUACCAACUCACUUGUGAGAAUAUUUUUCACAGAUAUCUUUAGGCCUUCAUUAGAAAGCUAUUUUCCCCCUGUUGGUUACCUCAUUUUGCUAUUGUUUCAGAUUAUGAAAGCUACAGGGGUGUCUGUUGGAAUCAUUUGCUGAGUCAUUUCCUCAAAUCAUAUUCCAUUGUAUCAGUUAACAUAUAGUUUUAAAUGUACGUAUUAUAAAUAUCUGUAACCAAAUCAUUUGAAGGCUUGAUAAAUUUUUAACAAAGUUUGUACAUUUUUUAUGAAAGUUACUAGUAAUGCUUUACUAAGUAGUGCAAUGAAUUUUUAUUUUUAAUCCCUGUGCCCAAUUUUGGAGUUGAGAGGGUUGUUGGUAAUAAAUGUAUGAUGUACACUUAAAA